AUGAGUGCGGUAAGCGAAUCGCAGGACAUCGAACAGGCCACCGCCGCCAUCGAACAGGCCACCGCCGCCAUCCAACAGCCAGACAACAAGACCAGGCGAUACGAUCGCCAGCUCCGACUCUGGGCCGCAUCCGGCCAGAAUGCCCUCGAGGCAUCCCGCAUCCUCGUCCUCUCCUCCUCCGCAACCGCAACCGCCGUCCUCAAGAACCUCGUCCUCCCCGGCAUCGGCCACUUCACCAUCCUAGACUCCGCCGUCACCUCUCCCGCCGAUGCGGGCAACAACUUCUUCCUCGCAGGCCCCUCCAGCAUCGGCAAGCCCCGCGCACACGAGGCCGUCCCGCUCCUGCGCGAGCUCAACGACAGCGUCGAGGGCGAGGCCGUCGUCAAAGACGUCCGGGAACUCCUCAAGACCGACGAGGGCAGGGCGUUUGUCAGCGGGUUCUCGUUAGUCAUCGCACACAACCUCCGCAAGGACACCCUCGACGAGCUCUCCAAGCUCCUCUGGGCCGAUCACAGCAAUCCGCCACUGAUCGCCGUCCGCUCUGCUGGCUUCCUCGCCGAGUUCUUCAUCCAGUACCACGAGCGAUGCGUCGCACAACCACACACCGACGAUAACGUCCCCUCCCUCCGCAUCAUCCGCCCCUUCCCUGCGCUCUCAAAAUGGGCCAGCGAGCUCGACUUUGACAAGCUGGACCCCACCGAGCACGGGCACGUCCCCUUCGUCAUCAUCCUCGUGCGCGCCGUCGAGGACUGGAAGAAAACGCACGACGGCAAGCUACCCUCGACGACGCCCGAGCGCAAGGCGUUCAAGGAGCAGAUCGCAGCGAUGCGCAAGAAGAUCGACGAAGAGAACUUUGACGAGGCCGAGGCGCAAGUCUGGCGCAUCUGGCGCGAUCCCCCCGUCCCCGGCGCGAUCCAGUCGCUCUUCAGCCUCGCCCCGCCCUCCGACUCGCCCAACGCGGUCUUCCACGCGCUCCUGCAGACCCUCAACGCAUUCGUCGCCGCGCCCGACGGCCCGGGGUGCCUCCCCCUCAGCGGCGCGCUGCCCGACAUGCGCACGGACACGGAGAGCUACGUCCGGCUCCAGACGGUGUACAAGGACUGGGCGGCGGUCGAGAAGGCGAAGUUCAAGGAGCUGCUGCAGAAGGGCUUCCCCGACCUCGCGCCGACGAUCAGCGACGAGGAGAUCGACACGUUCGUCAAGAACGCGCACCACGUCCGUGUGCUGCGCGGCCGGCGCUGGAGCGAGUGGGACGCGGACAAGGAGGCACUCGCCUCGUCGUUGACGAUCUCCCCGCGCGAGACGGCGGCGCACCUCGGUCUGGCAGCGUUGUCGGCACUGCUGAACAAAGCACCGGGUAAGCGUUGUCGUACUGGCACCUCUGACCACGCCUCACGAGGAUGUGUCGCAGAUGGGUCAACCGUGACAGUCGACGGGCUGCGUGCGGAGGUCCAGCAGCUCGUCGGGCAAGACAUCGAGCUCCCAGAGGACGUCGACACUGCCAUCGGAGAGAUCGCCCGCGCGCCGACCGCGGACCUGCCCAACACGGCCGCCUUCCUCGGGGGCAUGGUCGCGCAGGAGGCGAUCAAGAUGAUCACGAAGCAGUACGUGCCCGUGAACGGCUACUGUGUCAUCGACAUGGUCGACAUGUGGACGGGGACGGUCGGCGGACAGUGAACCGUGGUAGUGGGAGAUGGUACGGAUGAAUGAACGCAGUUGCUUACGGAUAGAUCGUCGUGCUAUCGUUGCUGCUUGUACUAACAAUCGCUGCAAGUCAAUUCAUGCGCUGUGAUGCUGCUA